AUGACACUGCCAGUGCUCGGCUUCGACCCAAUGCAGAACUUCACAGAGGAGUUACAGGAAGAAACGAUUGCUGCGGCAAUGUCCCUCGGCGUCGCUUUCCAGCUGACGAAUAUUCUGCGAGAUGUUGGUGAGGAUGCCAGGCGUGGUAGAAUCUACGUUCCGUUGGAGGAUCUCACACGUUUCGGCAUCACCGAGGAUGAGGUGUUGGAGGCCUCUCAGACCGAGGGACUUCUCUACCACGAGAAGAAGUGGAAGGACUUCAUGGAGUUUCAGAUGCAGCGGUGCGAAGAGGAGUACGAGAACGCGAAGGCCGGCAUCGUUGGCCUCUCGGAAGUCAACCGUCUUGGUGUGAUGGCAGCGCUGUAUGUCUACGGUGACAUCCUGCACCGUAUUCGAGAGAAUAACUACGACAAUCUCAGCCGCCGGGCGUACGUGCCCUUCAUUGACAAGGUUUUCUUGAUGGGCAAGGCCUGGCUCAAGUGCCAGGAGCUGAAGAAGGUGGCUCAGGAAAACAUCCGAAGUGGCAAAGUCUUCACACGAAGGAAAGAACACUGA